AUGAAGUUCACGCAGAUCUUCUGCAUCGUGGGUCUUGUUGCCCUCGGUGCGACUGAGGCCUUGCGCAAUCUUACCAACGUCACUUCCGUCACUCUCAAAUCUCAGAACCUCACUGUGCACGUAGCAGGCGACCCCGACGAUAGCGACGAUGACGACGAUGACGACGACGAUAGCGACGACAGCGACGAUAGCGAUACUGACGAUGAUGACGUACGGCUUGGGACUCCAGUUCCUGCUACUGAAGCACUUUGGCAUGCAUCGAAAUGUCGGGGCGCCAAACUCAUGUUUGCGUGUACCCAGGACCCACCGCAAGCCGCCCGGUUUGUCAAUCCCUUGACAGUUCCCUGGGAUGGCGACCUCAGGAACGAACUUCUCACUUGGGGUUACAAGGAAGGAACUAGUGAUCCUGAUGACGACUGCGAGAUCGGCGUUCUCCAGCCAAUGCUAGACGCCCUGGGACUUUCCAAAGUAAACAAUCUUCACGGCGGGCCAAACUACUGUUUCUCUUACGAACAUCGUGACAGCGCUGUCGUGGAAAGAGUAAAUGGAAUCUUGCCACCCAAGGACAAACAGUGGUAUAUUGUCGAUGGUGUGAGGUACAGGGUCACGGACGCUUAUUCCACCGUCGUCAUCAAUCAAGCUGCUGGUAUAAUUUUCUUCCUUCGCAGAGGGUCCGCUGAGCAUCAAGCCCGCAGACUCUGGAAGGUAAAGGAUCAGGUUCCCAUUCCACCAAAUGAGUUGCCGGCUCUACGUACGAGCUCAGACGUAGCCUGGGGAUUCUGGAACCGAGUAAGUGGUGAAAACCUGGGGAAUAUCAAUGGCGUCGUCUCCAUGUUAAUCACCAACGACCAAACGCGGAGAGUUAUCGAUAGGGUAUUGGUGGACAAGCAUCUCGAAACGGUACAGCUAUGGCCAGGAACUGUGGUUGACGUCCACUCCGUACAUUAUCUGGCUCUUCUGGGAUCACCCAAUGGUAGAGCUGUAGGAUAUCUGCUGGCGCAACACAAGGCAAAGAUUGGCGGCAAUAGAUAUGUUGAGUCUAUUCACAUAUUCCGCCCCUACGAGUACUCGACACUGCCUCACCUUUUCUUCCGCGUCAAUUGGGCGCCAUCCCCGCCGCCAACAGUACCAGAGGAACCAAUAGAGAACUUAUUGCCGCCAGAAGGAAAUGGGUUUGAAGUGGUUAGAAGAGGUAACGGUGAGAAGAACGUCAUCAGAGAGCAUGUGAUUCGGGCGAAACUGUGA